GCAGGGAGCCGCGCGGGCGGCCGCGGUCCGGAGCGGUGCGCGCUGUGCCAGGCCAAACUGCCCAGGACGCCUCACCAUGCUCUUCUGGCACACGCAGCCCGAGCACUACAACCAGCACUCCACCGGCAGCUACCCGCGUGAUGUCCUCGCGCUGCCGAUCUUCAAACAGGAGGAGCCCCAGCUGUCUCCUGAGAAUGACACCAAACUGCCUCCGUUUCAAUACGUUCUCUGCACAGCCACCUCCCCUGCUGUAAAGCUGCACGAAGAAACCCUGACCUAUCUCAACCAAGGUCAGUCUUAUGAAAUCCGUCUACUUGAGAAUAGGAAAUUGGGAGAGUUUCAAGAUUUAAACACAAAAUAUGUAAAGAGCAUCAUACGCGUGGUUUUCCAUGACCGGCGUCUGCAGUACACAGAGCACCAGCAGUUGGAGGGCUGGAGGUGGAGUCGGCCUGGAGAUCGCAUCCUUGAUAUAGAUAUCCCACUGUCCGUUGGCAUCUUAGAUCCCAGGGCCAGCCCGACCCAACUAAACACUGUUGAAUUUCUGUGGGAUCCAUCCAAAAGAGCAUCUGCGUUCAUUCAGGUACAUUGCAUCAGCACAGAAUUUACACCCAGGAAACAUGGUGGAGAGAAAGGGGUGCCCUUCAGGAUACAAAUCGACACUUUUAAACAGAAUGAGAAUGGGGAAUAUACCGAACACUUGCAUUCUGCAAGCUGUCAGAUCAAAGUGUUCAAGCCCAAGGGAGCUGACCGAAAGCAGAAAACUGACAGGGAGAAAAUGGAGAAGAAGACUGCCCAAGAGAAGGAAAAAUACCAGCCUUCCUAUGACACGACCAUUCUCACAGAGUGUUCUCCGUGGCCAGAUUUGCCUUAUCAAGUGAACAAUGCUCCGUCCCCAAGCUACAACAGCUCUCCAACCAGCUUCAGCCUUGGAGAUGGCAACAGUUCUCCAACCCACCAAGUGGAACUCCUACCUCCCAGCAACGAUCACCUCCUGCCCUCUGCUUCUAUCCAAGAUGUUCAGCAGUGGCUUCAUCGCAAUAGGUUUUCUCCAUUCUGUAGACUCUUCUCAAGUUUCUCGGGGGCUGACUUACUGAAGAUGUCCAAAGAAGAUUUUGUUCAGAUCUGUGGGCCAGCUGAUGGAAUUCGGCUCUUCAAUGCAAUUAAAGGAAGAAAUGUAAGACCUAAGAUGACAAUUUAUGUCUGUCAAGAGCCAGAGCAGAACAGAGCGCAUCUGCACCACAAACGCGAGAAUGGAGAUGGCAACCUCUGUGUAUAUCAUGCAGUCUUCUUGGAAGAGCUGACCACCCUGGAAUUGAUUGAGAAGAUUGCAAACUUGUAUAGCAUUUCCCCACAGCAGAUAAAUCGGAUCUAUCGGCAAGGACCUACAGGCAUCCACGUCCUAGUGAGCAACGAGAUGGUGCAAAACUUCCAGGACGAGUCUUGUUUUGUGAUCAGCACAUUGAAAGCCGAAAGCAACGAUGGCUACCACAUCAUUUUAAAAUGACCACUCAGAUUACCAGGACUGUAACCGCCUCUAAUUAUGAUGCCUCACCAAGAUUGCUGCAACUCAGACUGGCAACAUGAAGGUCCAUUUGGAUAACUUGCUCCCAUGAACUGAAAAAAAGCCCAAAUGUCUUAAGGAAAAACAAACUUCGUAGACAAGUGGUUUUCUGAGAGUGGCAAUGACAGUCUGUGUAUAUUUUUACCGCUUCCCUCCUAGUUAGGCUUUCAACUUGUCAAGGCUCCUGUUUAUUGCUAGGAAACGUCUGCUUUUUUUUUCCUAAAGGGGAAUGCCAAACGAAACACAGUUCUCAUGGCUGGAACUAUCUAGCGUGCCUUCUGGGUACUCUUUGGGCCAUAGCUCACAGUCUUUCAAGGCAGAGGACUGUGGAUGAGAUCCGUGAACAGGCAUAGGUAUUACAACGCCUUCAUAGUGCCUAGAAAAUCACUGGAACAACGCCGAGAGCCACAAAGCCAAUGUAGGCAUCUAGGCUCCCUGUACAAUGAAUGGGGAGAGAAAGGCCCCUUCCAAUGUGAUCCACAAAGUCAGCUGCCUGGAGGCACCUGUCUUGGCUAGUGAUCCACGAACUGGGUCGACACGGAUGCUUGGCUGCCCAUGUGGGAUCCAAAAAGAAAAACAGGUUGUGGGCGGGGGGAAGAGGAAGGACCUCCCUUAUCUUCAGCUUGGUGGAUAGGGCACUCUCACAGGAGAUCCCCAGUGCA